CUGUCAGUCACCAUGGGGGUGAAGGGCUUGUACUCGUUGCUGGAGGGUAAACAGAUCUACGAGGGCAUCCACUUCAGGGACAGCAAGCUAGUGGUGGACGGCAUCAACCUGGCCCACAUCCUCUACAACAAGGCCGACCUGGACCAGAACCACGGCGGGGAGUACCUGGCCUUCCAGGCGGAGGUCCAGGCAUUUUUCAAGGCUCUGGCCAUCUGUCAAAUUAAAGCAAAAGUUGUGAUUGACGGAGGCUCGGGCCCCAGCGACAUCAAACUAGACCAGGGGAUGGACCUUCAAAGAACACGUGUCAAGAAUAUCCCUGACGCUCUGAAGGGUGAGAAAAUGGGCUUUUAUGCCCUCUUUACCACGACAGUGUUCGAAGAGACGCUGAACAGCAUGAAGGUGCCGCUGGUCAGGUGCUUCGGAGAGGCUGACGGCCAGCUGGCUGCCCUGGCCAGAGAUUUGUACUGCCCGGUGCUGUCCGGAGACACUGACUUAUACAUCUACAACUUUCGAGGGGGGGUUCUACCCCUGGAUCAAUUCCAGUGGGACUCAGUUAAACCAAAUGGGGCCAGGAGUUACAUCUCCUGCAAGCGAUACACCAUGUCCCGCUUCUGUAACCUUUACAAAAUCGACCACCAGCUGCUGCCCGUCUUUGCCGCUUUGGCAGGGAACGACUACGUCAACCUCAGAGAUGUUAAGUGGGCCAGUUACGUUCCAGCGGGAAGUCCUACAAUGAAGUUCAGAACCGCUAGCCUGGUGGGCCUCCUGAGUUGGCUUGGAGCCAGGACAGACCGGACAACAGAAGACACCUUGACAGCAGCGUUGGCACUCAUACCCAACAUUAGCCAACAGGCGCGGACGGAAAUGCGGACGGAGGUGCAGAACGCCAUGCUAGAGUACCGACUCCCCAGCUCCUCUCUGCGGAGGUCUUUCAGUGAGGGAACUGUUCCGCCGCUGCCUCCUGAGAUCUGGAGCAGGGUCCCUGAGUGGGUCCGUGUGUCCCUGGCCAGAGGGGACCUGGGGGCCAACAUACUGGACUAUGACAUACUUGUGCACAGAAGGAAAUUCCUGCGAAUCCAGGUUGAGGGCAGCGACCGGCAGAGCUCUAACCUCACCUCACGGCCCAUCCGGCAGGUGAUGUACGGGCUGCUGCUGGGACAGAGGGGGGGUGAGGUGGAGGAGUGGGACCGGGUCGGUCUGGAGCUCAUCGGUGUCAAGGUGCAACCGCUGGUCCAAGGAGCCGCUCAGACGCUGAGUCUGGUCUCUCCGCCCCAGGUAGGCCUACCGACUCCUUUAGCUGGAUGA